AUGCUUUCUAAAUUCUUGGUUAUGGAUUACUUAGUUCAUCCUGGUGCACUUAGCUUGGCUGUUGGAGUUGCUUGUGGUAUGUGCCUGGGCUGGGGCCUCCGUGUACGCUUUGGAAUGAGCCCGAGAAACUUGAUGAACAAGAUAGAGACUGGGACUGAAGCUAGCAUCUUAGGAGAAAGUGGGGAAUACAAAAUGAUUCUUGUGGUUCGGAAUGACUUAAAGAUGGGAAAAGGGAAAGUUGCCGCUCAGUGCUCUCAUGCUGCUGUCUCUGCUUACAAACAAAUUCAAAGAAGAAACCCUGAAUUGCUCAAAGAAUGGGAGUACUGCGGCCAGCCCAAAGUGGUAGUCAAAGCCCCUGAUGAAGAAACUUUGGUUGAAUUACUGACCCAUGCCAAAAUGCUAGGACUGACUGUAAGUUUAAUCCAAGAUGCUGGACGUACUCAGAUUGCACCAGGCUCUCGGACUGUCUUGGGAAUUGGUCCUGGACCAGCAGACCUUAUUGACAAAGUCACUGGUCACCUAAAACUUUACUAA